GUGUGUUUCCGGAGAACAUGGCAGAGGUUAAAGGUUUAUAAUAUCUCGCUGUAUAAGACAUGGAGGACAUCGUAGCUAGGAAAUGGGUGAUGUCGCUGACUGUCUGGGAUGUCACCAUUCCUGUAGCUGUAAAGUAACUAACUUCACACUGAGACUGCCGGAGCUCCGCGCGCCAUGAGCGUCCCCUCAAAAACGACGAGAUGUUUAAUGGGAACUGUGAAGUCACUCCUAACCAGAUCUGGUGAAAUAUGUUCUUUUAAAGCCACACGAAAAAUGUCUUUAGGACAAGCAGACCACCUUAAAAGGACGGCUAGUGUUUACAGACAAGAGGCUGUAUUCUCUGCACGAGUGUGCGCCAUUACAAAUGAGUCCAACACAGUGAAGAAACUGCAGCUGGAGGUUACACAUCCUGACUUUAGCUUCCGUGCCGGCCAGUGGGUGGACUUCUUCAUUUCGGGUGUGGAGAAGGUGGGUGGCUUCUCUGUAUGCUCCAGCCCAGCUCUCCUGCUGAGGAAUGGGGUCAUCGAGCUCGCUGUGAAGUACACGAAGCACCCACCUGCACACUGGGUGCACACUGAGUGCACGGUGGACUCUCACGUGGCAUUAAGGGUAGGGGGUGAUUUCUAUUUUGACCCCAGCCCUUCUGAUCCCACCAUGGAUCUGCUGCUUGUGGCAGGGGGGGUCGGCAUUAAUCCCCUCUACUCCAUACUCAUGCACUCUGCUGACCUGCUCAGAGAGACGCAAGGAUACCUUCCAGGACGCACGCAUCUCUGUUACAGUGCCAAGAACACAAAGGAACUGCUGUUCAAAAACAACAUUAUUGGGGUUUGCCAAGAAUUCCCAGAUAAAUUUUCGUGCGUCUUCCACGUGACCCAGCAAGACUUUGAGAUAGAGCAGAGUCUGCAGCCCUGCACAGCCAGCGGAAGGAUAUCAGAAGAGUCACUGAGGCAUUGUGUAGACCCUGAACACACAUUGUGUUACUUAUGUGGGCCGCCACCAAUGAUUGAGAAUGUGAGCACUGUCCUACAACGUCUUGGCCUAUCAGAGGACAGAAUUCUCUUUGAGAAGUGGUGGUAGGCAUGUCUUCUGAAGGCUAAAGCCCUUAAAGUACCUUGGAGGUCUAAAGCAGGACCACUUCUUUGGCGUCAAUUGGACCAGCGUUUUAUUUUUCCACAAACGCACAAUUUAUUGACACGUAGGAUUUUGUUACCUGUGUACUACAGUCUCCUAGAGAGUUUCCUCUGAAACAUCUCUUCUGAAAGAAAAAGGGUUGCUGGGUAACUGUGUGCAGGGUAGACAUAUUGUGAAUGCUUACAAUUUUAUAUUGUUCUAAAAUUGUUUAUAAGACUAACUAGAUUUUAAGAGAUCUUUCAGAGGACUGAUGUUCAAAGAUAGUCUGACUGAGAUAUAUAAAGUUUAGUAAUAAAUGACUUAACAGAAACAAUGCACAAUGGCAAAGGAUCAUUGUAAUGGGAGUCAUUUGUGGCACAAAAUAGUUGGUUAACUAGUUUGUAGUGUAAGUUCAGUGUAAGUUCAACCUGGUAGUAAUUGAUCAGCUUUUUAAAGCGACGAAGAGGAGGACUGUUGUAGAUUACAAGUCUCUAGUUGUAAAUAAAAAUUAAACUUGGA